AUGUCCAGCAUCCAUCAUGCACGGGCGAAUUGUACUACAGCUAUAUCGCGAAUGCCAUUGACAACAUCACGGGUCCUCUUCUCUGAGACAAGCAUUUGCGCAGUUCGGAUGGCAGUUGAUAUGUGCCCUUGCAAUAAUUAUAUGGUCGUUGCUUUGGAUGAUACCUAUCUUCCUGUUUUUGAGAAAGAUUGGAAAGCUACGUGUCAGUGA